AUGGCCAAGAAGGCGCGCCAGAGGAUCAGCUACGACGUCCCGGUAGUCCUCGAGCUCCCAGCUGGCUCCCAGGGCGGCGGCCACAGACUCGGCGUCAACGGCCUCGCUGUCGACAAGGACAAUGGCAUUCUAUACUCCGGCGCCCGCGACGGCGUCGUCUGCGCGUGGGACCUCGGCCUCGACCUGAAGGGCGGCGCAUCCCCGCCCGAGAAGAAGCCCAAGACCACCUUUCGCUCCCAGACCCAGGCGCAUAUGUCCUGGAUCAACGACAUUGUCCUCGCAAACAAUAAUUCCGCCGUCGUCACUGCCUCCAACGACCUGACCGUCAAGGUAUGGCGUCCACAUUCCGAAACGAACGAUAACGCGGCCAAGAUCGGCGAGCAUGCCGACUAUGUCAAGUGUGUUGCUACACCCCCAGGCGGUUCAGUCAACUGGGUUGCCUCGGGCGGUUUCGACCGCAAGAUUUAUCUGUGGGAUCUCAACGGCGGUGGAAAGACUCUCGAGAUUGAUACCAAGGGGGAUGAAGUCGCUGAGAAGGGUUCUAUCUACGCUCUGAGUGUCGGCCACCACAUUAUGGCCAACGGCGGACCCGAGUCGGUCGUGCGCCUUUGGGACCCCCGAUCUGGCCAUAGAGUUACCAAAUUUGUCGGUCAUACGGGCACUAUUCGUGGCAUCUUGCUCAACGAGGCCGGCGACAAGGUCCUGACUGCCAGUUCUGACCAUACCAUCAAGCUGUGGAGUGUCACGGCCGGUCGUUGCAUGUACACGUUCACAAUGCAUGAGGACAGCGUCUGGUCACUCUUCUCAGACGACCCUGAGCUGGGUACCUUCUACAGCAGUGAUCGCGCUGGCUUCGUCGUCAAGACGGACGUGCGGGGAAGUUUCGAGGACAUUGACGAGGGCCUUUCGGUUGCUGUCGCGCACGAGUCUCACUCUAUCAGCAAAGUCGUCGCUGCGGGAGACUACAUCUGGACGGCGACAAAUACCUCAUCCAUCAACAGGUGGUCUAAUGUUGAUACUGGCCCAGAUCUGCAACUCCCUGAGGCAUUCAGACGGCAGAGGGCCGCUUCGACGGCUUCGAGACCCAGGCAACCUUCGAGCCCGCCUCCAGCGGAUGCCUCAAAGAAGGAAAUUUCGCCAAGGUCGAUUUUGAGAAUCUCCAAUACGGCAGCUUUCCCUAUUCCGACCAAUCCUCCCCCCGAGACCGUUCCUGUGGCAGGCGCAAAUGCUCCGCAGGGAACGGAGCCCAUACCCAUUAACCAGAACCCCGAAGAGACUAUCGAGGGUCAAUUCGGACUAGUCAAGCAUAAGCUAUUAAACGAUAGGAGAAGAGUCUUGACGCUGGAUACGGCAGGCGAUGUUCUUCUCUGGGACCUGAUAAAGUGCGAGCCUAUUCAAAGCUUUGGCAAAAGACAUCUUGAAGAUGUCGAACCUGAGAUUAAUACUACGGAGGCAGUUGCACCGUGGUGUUCCAUUGACAUCAGCUCCGGUAGUCUUACGGUUGUCUUGGAACCAUAUAAUUGCUUUGACGCUGAGAUGUACGCGGAUGAGCUGACUUUGGAGGAGCCUAUCGAAUUCCGAGAAGACCAGAGAAUUAACCUUGGUAAAUGGGUCCUCAGAUAUCUCUUUGCUGGCUUGAUCGACGAAGAGAUCAAGCGUGACGAGGCGUAUCGUCAAACUCUCAACGAGGUGGUAGAACGUAAGCUGGCAGCAAGCCGUGCCAACCCGCCAUCGUCAAUAGCCAUUCCCACUGGCUCUCCAACGUGGGAUGAGAACACGGGCACUCCCCGAGCAAAUGGCUUGCAGUACCCGAUGACUCCCGGCAUGGCUAUCGGCCUUGCUACACCUGGCGCAGGGGGUAAGCUUCAGGAUGUUCCCGAAGGAGUUGCAACCCCUGCUAGCCCCCUCGACAAGAAGUCAUCCCAGUUCAGCCGUCCGUCUACGGAGAAAGAAGACUACUUCACUAGUGCUAUUGGCCCCAUAGAAGGUGCUUCAAAGCCUACCGCGGCGCCAGCCACGCCUGCGACAGAACAACCGCCUGCUGCCGAUUCCAAGUCCGACGCAGAUUCGAAAGAGAAGGGAAAAGACAAGGAUAAGAAGGACGAGAAGGACAAAGAGAAGGAUGCUAAUGGAAAGGGCCCCAGUACGCCGUUUGGCAAGAAAUUCCGCAUGGGGAUGGGGAUGUCGUUCGGAAGCAAGAAGAUUGGACGUUCGGCUUCUACAACAGCGCCAGAGAAGCCUGCUGUCGUUGACGAGAAGGCAGAGGAGUCUGAAGCAUCGUCGACACACGAGAAGGAGGUUGACGACAGUUUCUUGGGGGCUAUCCAGAAGAUCCGCAACGAUUACGACAAGUCCUUAACCGAGAACCCGGACAAGCUCAUCGAGACCAAGAUUACGCCAAGCCUGCCCAAUGACACGCCUGUGUUGAAGCUGCCUCCCGGAACGAAAGUCGUCCUUCAGGAGGAGACGACCGGUGGCAGCGCCAACAUCUACCAAGGAACCGUAGAAACGAUUGGUCAAGGGACUGACCUCUUUGAGGAGCGGGGGCCGAUGUGGCUCGGCGAGGUUUUGCUUCAAAAUCAGAUUCCACCAAAGGAGCCUGUGAAGGUUUCCUUCGUCUUGCAGCCGUGGCAAAACAGCCUGCCGGAUAUUGCGUCCACGGACGGCAACAACCGCCUUAACGCCAACAGGAUGCUCCGCGUGAAGAAGAUCCUGGCAUAUGUCGCUGAACGCAUCGAGACACCUGUCGAGAACCCCGAGCCAGACGCUCUCAUGCCGCAUGAAUACUUGGAGCUUUACUGCAAUGACCAGUUGUUACCUAUUACCAUGACCCUCGCAACCCUCCGCGCUCAUAUCUGGAAAGGGAGCAGCGAUGUCCAGCUUUACUACAAGGCGAACGGGCGCAAGGAGAUUCCCAACCCGCCACCUGAGCCUGCUGCAGCCCCUGAACCCGAGCCAGCCCCCUCGCAGGGCACUGAGACGCCUCCGAAUGCGACAGCUUAG